UCGCUAGCCUGUUGUUGUCCGGUGGGCGGAGUCUUGUUGUGGGUUUGAAUGUUUGAAAGCAUGUGAGGUGGGAAUUGUAGAGUGGACGUGUGAUUUCUUAUAGGUGCCAAAUAAAAGUGUAAUCAUGAGACUGAAUCAUAGAAUACCCGUUUGCUUACUUCUGGUACUGCGCUUGGUGUCUGUGUUCCUUGUUUCGACAUUUUACGUUCCAGACGAGUACUGGCAAUCAUUAGAGAUAGCUCACAGAUUAGCAUACGGUUAUGGGUAUACAACAUGGGAAUGGAAAGUUGGUAUUAGAAGUUACGUAUAUCCAAGUUUGAUAGCAUUGAUGUAUAAAAUCAUGAACAUAAUUAAAAUAGACACUGUGGAGAACUUAAUUCUUUUACCACGGAUAUUUCAAGCAUUGUUAUGCGUUUGUGCCGAUUUAAUGUUUCUGCGUUGGUGCAGAACAUGUAUUGGUGUUACGAAUGAGUGGGCGCUGCUUAAUAUAAGUAUCGCUUGGUUUCAUGCGUACACUGCGACUCGAACAUUAACUAACACCUUAGAAACGGCGCUGACAUCAAUGGCUUUAUGCUUGUAUCCAUGGACGACAAUGCGGAGAGGAGGAGUGGAAACAACGAAAUACUUGUGGAUCGUAGGAUUUGCCUGCCUUAUGCGUCCAACAGCAUUCGUGAUAUGGUUACCAUUCGCAAUUUAUCACUUCUUGCAGGCUAAUGACUGGAAAGUUUUGAGCCGUGUGUACAUCAUAAGAGCAGCUAUUUUCAUUGGUUUUUCAACUGUUGUAGAUUCACUUUGCCAUGGGUCAGUGACUUGUUCACCCAUUAGCUUUCUGUAUUACAACUUAGUAAAAAACAUAGCCUCCUUCUAUGGAACACAUGGGUUGCUUUGGUAUUUUACUGUAGGUAUUCCUACAGUUUUGGGUGUGCACAUCUUUCCAUUUGUUCUUGGUUGCAAGGAAGUUAUUACUUAUAAACAAGAUAAAGCAAGAAAUGUUUGUUUAGUACUAUUUUUUGCAAUUUUGUGGACAGUUCUGGUAUACAGUAUGAUUCCACAUAAAGAAUUUAGAUUUAUCCUACCCUUGCUUCCAAUGAUGUUAUUUAUUGCAACUUUUUGGUUAACAGUGUGGGGAAAACGAAACAGUUUUGGUUAUCGUCCAGUAUUUAUGAAAGUAUUUCUGAUACUAGGCUCAGUUAUUCCGUUUCUGUACUGUGGCAUUGUUCACCAAAGGGGAACUCUCGAUGUCAUGAAGAUUUUGGCAGAAGAAUCAGCAAAAAAUCCUAGUAACACUUCUAUAUGGUUUCUCAUGCCAUGCCAUUCCACACCUCUGUACAGUCAUCUCCAUUCUCCUGUGGAUGUAUUCUUUUUGGAAUGUGAUCCAUUGGCUAGUCAAGAUGUGGCUGAUGUCUUUUUCCGCAGUCCCUUGACGUGGCUUCAUGAUAAUUUUCCAGAAACAGGUAGAGGUCCCUCUCAUAUUGUUAUUUUUAACAAACUGUAUAAGAAAAUUGAGGGAUUUCUGUCGUUACGACACUAUAAACUGUUUCAACAGUUAUUUCAUUCUCACUUUGUAGAAGGUAAUGUAGGUACACACAUAAUGAUUUUCAAAAGAAAUGAGUGAAAUAAUAUUAGGAUGUAGGUCUUAUGUGAUGAGUCUUUUUUUAUUUGAGCGAAUUUUAUGUGCAGCUUUGGACAAACAUACAAAAACCAUGAAUGUUGGUGAUUUCUUCUUACUGACACUGGUAGUUUCAGUGCACUCUUUUUUUUAUUUGUUCUUAUUAUAUUGCUGCAAUAUAUGGCAUCCUCCCAUGUAUUUGUUUUUAUGUAAAGUAAUAAAUGUUAGUAUAACGGAGAAGUUAAUUUAACAAAGGAGGCACACUACAUGUAACUGCAGGAAGCUAUUGAGCUAAGAUCUCAUCUCUAAUUUGAUAGGCAUUUAUUAAGUUUUUCGUUGAUAAAAGUGUACUUAAAUAGCAACAGUCAGCAUUCUUGGUGUAUAAAGUAAACAUGUAUAAAUUAGUGCCGGGAAAGAAACCAUUUUCUGAAUGACUGGGUUUAUCAGGUGAGGCUGUAAGAUAUUUGAAUUUUAUGUAGCGCUCCAUCUUGAGCGUUACAUGCAACAGAGAAGUGAAUUAUAAAAUUCUUGUUUGAAACUUAUGUUCCUUGUUUUUGAUAACACAAAGCAUUAAAAAGACCAACUAAUCUCUGUUUUGUAAACUUUUUUCAUAUGUGAUCUGCUGUUCACAAUUAUCAUCUAGAUAGUAAUGUAAGUACAAAACACACGCAUUUACUGGUAGGUUACUUUCAUUAGUUGGUACACAUACUAAAAAUUGGUUUAAAGUACCCCCACUUUCAAGUUUUAUAAGUCUAUUUUCAAUUUGUUUAUUGAAGUAACUUUCUGGGUGUGUGUACUCUUGUAGCUUCAGUUGUGGAAUUUUUUUAUAUGAACACUUCUUAGGAUUAUGUGCUCGAAAGAACAUUUUAAGUAGGCUACUACAAUUUUACUAUGAAAGAACUGGCACUGUUUCUCCAGUUAGGGACAAGAAACAAAAUUUUUGUGUGUAAACCGUGUGGCAGUGAACUUCUGUACUGCACCAUCCAAGAUGUACAGAUAACUGAUGUUCGUACAUAAUACUUGUUAUAAGCUAGAGGUAUGUGGCAGCUGACAACAACAGAUGCAAUAUGGGAAUGUGCUCCUGUAACUUUGUGGUUUAUCCAGAUAAUGAGGGAAGUUAUGCAACUGGUUGAUUUAAUAUUAAGUUUCAAAACAUUGCCCUCUCUUUGUCUCUCAAG